UUAGUGGUGAACAACAAAACUGGAGACAUCUAUCUGGGCGCUGUCAACUGGAUUUACAAGCUUUCCAGUGACCUCACAAAGUUGCGAAGCCAUGUAACCGGUCCUGUCACAGACAACCCUCGAUGUUACCCUCCCCCUGGUGUCCAGUCCUGCCCCCAUGAGCUGGUGCAGACUUCUAAUAUCAAUAAACUCUUGCUACUCGAUGCUGCCCACAACCGCUUAAUUGCAUGUGGGAGUACCUCCCAGGGAAUAUGUCAAUUCCUGCGUCUGGAUGAUUUAUUUAAGCUCGGUGAGCCACACCAUCGUAAAGAGCAUUAUCUAUCCAGCGUGGCUGAGGCUGGCACCAUGUCCGGUGUGGUGAUCUCCCCAGAUAUUUUUGGUGGGGGUGGCAAACUCUUUGUUGGCACCCCAAUCGAUGGGAAAUCAGAGUACUUCCCUACUCUGUCAAGCCGAAAGCUGAUGUCUAACGAGGAGAAUGCUGACAUGUUCAGCUUUGUGUACCAGGAUGAGUUUGUGUCAUCUCAGCUGAAAAUCCCCUCGGACACCCUAUCCAAAUUCCCUGCGUUUGACAUCUACUAUAUCUACGGCUUCAACAGUGAGCAGUUUGUUUAUUACCUCACCUUACAACUCGACACCCAACUCACCUCACCAGAUGCGAGCAGUGAACAGUUCUUUACCUCUAAAAUUGUCCGCCUUUGUGUCGACGAUCCCAAGUUUUACUCUUACGUUGAAUUCCCCAUCGGCUGCACCAAGAAUGGAGUGGAGUAUCGUUUGGUUCAGGAUGCUUUUUUGGCCCGUCCAGGAACCCGUCUGGCGCGUUCUCUUGGUGUUCGAGAGCACGAGGAGGUUCUGUUCACCGUGUUUGCCCAAGGUCAGAAGAACAGAGCCAAGCCGCCCAAGGAGUCAGCUUUGUGUUUGUUCACAAUGAGGCAGAUAAAGGAGAAGAUUAAAGAGAGGAUUCAGUCGUGCUACAAAGGAGAGGGAAAACUCUCCCUGCCCUGGCUGCUCAACAAGGAGCUCGGCUGCAUCAACUCGCCGUUGCAGAUAGACGAUAACUUCUGCGGCCAGGACUUCAACCAGCCACUAGGAGGAACGAAGGCCAUCGAGGGCAUCUCGCUAUACGUGGACAAGGACGACGGCAUGACCUCCGUGGCAGCGUAUGACUACAGAGGAAACACCGUGGUGUUCACGGGCACCCGCA